UGGGAGGAGCUUGUGGGGCAUCCGGAGUUCUUGCGCGCGUACAGUGAGCAGCAGCAGCGUAGCGGUCAGAGCCGAGCUGAUCUGUAGGGAGCUGUCGCUUCGUUGGGCCCAGAAGCGACGGAAACUUCACUGCCAACAUGUCUGACGAGGAGCAAGAGCAGACCAUAGCCGAAGACCUGGUGGUCACCAAGUAUAAAAUGGGGGGUGACAUCGCCAACCAGGCUCUUCGUAAGGUUGUGGAGGCAGCUAAAGCCGGGGUCUCGGUGCUCAGCUUGUGUGAGGUAGGCGACGCCUACAUCAUGGCUGAGACUGGAAAAGUCUUCAAGAGGGAGAAAGAGAUGAAGAAAGGCAUUGCCUUUCCUACCAGCGUCUCAGUCAAUAACUGUGUUUGCCACUUCUCCCCCCUGAAGAGUGACCCUGACUACACACUUAAAGAUGGGGAUCUGGUGAAAAUAGAUCUUGGGGUUCAUGUUGAUGGCUUCAUCGCCAACGUUGCUCACAGCUUUGUUGUGGGGAUCAGUAAGGAGAACCCCAUCACAGGCCGAAAAGCUGAUGUCAUCAAAGCAGCCCAUCUGUGCGCAGAAGCAGCUCUACGCCUUGUUAAACCCGGCAACCAGAACACUCAAGUGACAGAAGCCUGUAACAAGAUCGCACAUUCGUUUAAAUGCUCUCCUAUUGAGGGAAUGCUGUCUCAUCAGUUAAAGCAGCAUGUGAUAGACGGAGAGAAAACAAUCAUUCAGAACCCGACAGACCAACAAAGAAAGGACCAUGAAAAAGCAGAGUUUGAGGUACACGAAGUAUAUGCUGUCGAUGUCCUGGUCAGCACCGGAGAGGGGAAGGCCAGAGAUUCAGGUCUGAGGACCACAAUCUAUAAGAGGGACCCCAGCAAACAGUACGGCUUAAAAAUGAAGACUUCUCGUACGUUCUUCAGCGAAGUGGAGCGACGCUUCGACGCCAUGCCCUUCACACUAAGGGCCUUUGAGGAUGAGGCCAAAGCUCGUCUUGGGGUGGUCGAGUGUGCCAAACAUGAGCUGCUGCAGCCUUUCAGUGUGCUACAUGAGAAGGAGGGAGAACUUGUUGCACAGUUUAAGUUCACAGUGCUGCUGAUGGCAAACGGGCCUCAUAGAAUCACAAACGGACCCUUUGAUCCAGAGCUCUACAAGUCAGAGCAUGAAGUUCAGGACCCAGAGCUAAAGGCUUUACUACAGAGCUCUGUGAGCCGUAAAACACAGAAGAAAAAGAAAAAGAAGGCCUCAAAGACAGCAGAAAACGCAAGUGGACAACCAACUGAAGACACAGAAGCACCAGAAUAAAAAAACUGCCUUUCCACACAAGCGAGACCCCAAAGACAAGGGAGACUAAAUACGACAAGUUUUCCUGAGCUCUCUGCCAGUUAAUGAACUGACUAAUUAAACUAAUACAUUUAUUUAAAAAAAAAAAUACUUGCAUCUGAUCAAUAUUUGGUUUAACUCAUUGUCGCAUUAAUUGAUAGGAUCACUGGAGAAAUGUUUUCUUCUCUUAAUUCGGUCAAGGAACAGUACAAAUUUGCAUGUUUUUAUUUUUUGUCCUGAAAAAAGCAUCAGAUACGUAUUCUGUAUAUUUUUGUUUUCAUGCAGUCGCUCCUCAUUUUUGUAUUUGCCAUUUUCUUUUUGGAUGAAAAUCACCAAAUUGAGGACAUUGGCUCAAACACGUUUAAGACAUUCAGUUUUUGAGAUCUCUGUGGAAGUUUCUUUGGCUUUAUUAGUUACAAAAUCAGCUCAUGUUGGUUGCUUUUCGCUCUAAAGUGAUUUUAAUGUAUUUACACGUGUUUCUAGUUUACAAACACAUUUGAAAAACUUAACUUGGAGUCAUCCCUACUUAUUUUUAUUGCUAAUAUUAUGCAGUAAAGGGUUAAUUAUUAAAAUAAACAUUUAUGUUUUUAUUAUGGCCAAUUUUUUUACUUUGAAUCUGUAGUGUUUUAAUCCUUAGAUUUUAAAGAGCCAGAGAGAGACUAUUCUACGUAUACAAGAAAGAAAAAGUGGAAACAAACCUGACUUUAGGGAACAAUGCUACAUUUACUGCCAUUCCCCUUUCUUGGUGAAAAAAUUUAAAAACAGAACUUUUCUAGCAUUUCCACCUGUUACACACUUUAGUCUUAUGAACCAUGGAGACUAAGGCUGUUAAGUUUUGGAAAACUUGUUGGGUUGACGAGUCUUCAGUCGAGACCGAGCUGUAAGAUUGUGUCAUGUCAGUUUUCAUUUUGAGGUCUGAGAUACGUGUUGGUUUGUAUUUGUCCACAAUGAAUUAUGUUGGUGGGGAAAGCACAAUUCUGCUUUUCAAACUCAGCUACUGGGCAAGUAACUUUAUGUCUGAGAAAAUAAAAAAAUAAAAUCUUUUCAUACA